CCUCGAUCUGCACAAGUCGCUUCAAGGCUUCCUCCUUCUGCUCAGUCCUAUCUAUCAACCGAACGCGAUGGGCUGCGCGCAAUCCAAGACUGAGGACGUCGUCGCCACGAAUCCGCCGGAGGCCGAGGCCGCUGCCCCGGCCGAGGCGGAGCCGGUCGCCGUCGAGGAGCCCAAGGCCGAGGAGCCUGCAGCUGCUGCUGAGACCGAGGAGGCUGCGCCCGCUGGGGCCGAGCCUGAAGCGGAGGCCGCCGAAGAGCCUGCGGCCCCAGAGACACCCGCCAAGGAGCUGUUCAAGGUCACGGGCCACGAGAUCGACGAGGCCGGCGUGGUCUUCUACACUGUGGAGGCCGUGGAGGGCGACGCCACCUUCAAGAAGCGCUUCAGCGACUUCAAGAAGCUCGUGGUGGCGCUCGGCAGCCCCAAGACUCUGCCGGCGCUGCCCGGCUCGGGCCUCGGCUCCAAGCUGCGCGGUAAGCACAACCCGGCGCUCAUCGCGGAGCGCGAGACGCAGCUGGCGCUCGUGCUCAACGCCAUCGUCAACGACGCCGCGCUGGCCGAGCACGAAGCCUUCAAGAAGUUCGUCGAGUAAUCUACGCGCCCAUGAGAAGCGGCUCUAGUGUCGCCAAUAAUCACCACAAACAAGCUCACCCUGUACAUAC